AUGUUUAAGGUCUAUACGGAGCGGGCAGAGUUGCUAUUAGAGGACUGCCGCGAAGGAGCUGGUCCAUGGCUCCGUCUCACUGCAAGCUCGACAAGUGGCAAUGUGGAUAUCGAGCAACUAGCCGACAGCAGAGUUCAGCUCAGCGAGGACGCGGCUAUUGUACCCAUACACGCUGUCUACGGCAUAUACACGCUACUAAGCGGGCCUUACUUAGCGGUUGUGACGGAUUCACGCGUUGUAGGAUCAGGACCAAACAGUGAAAAGAUUUAUUGUAUUUUGGAGCUGAGACUGCUGCCUGUUAAUGCCGCGGCACAUCAAAGCUUUUUUAAGCACGCUAGUAAUCGUGAGAAACUGGACGAACGGUUGUAUUCCCAAAUGAUCACAUCGGCAAUAGCGUCACGCACGUUUUACUUUAGUUAUGAUCUGGACCUGACGUUGUCAGCUCAGAAACGGGCCUCGGCCCCAGUGGCUCAACGUCAAUCGGCAUUGUAUGCGCGUGCGGAGGAAGAUUUUUUUUGGAACAAACCUGUCCUGGCAAAGUUUAUCGAGAUGGAGCUUUGCGACUGGAUCGUGCCCGUAAUCUCGGGGUUCAUCAAGGUCAUAAAGAAGUGUGAUGUAAAUGGCCAGCGCUGCGACAUUCUCUUCUUCACACGAAGGAGCUGGCGUCGUGUUGGUACUCGAUUUAAUGUGCGAGGUGUCGACAAAGAUGGAUGUGUUGCGAAUUUCGCCGAAACGGAGAUGUUACUGAUAAAACCAUCUAGAGCCAUGUGCUCAUACGUGCAGGUGCGGGGAAGCAUUCCGUUAUACUGGGAUCAAUUGGUCACGCUCAAGUACAUGCCACGUACACGAUACGCGUUUUCUGGUCAUGAAAGCGUCGUUGACUGGAACGAGUUGGCGUUUCGCGCUCACAUGGAUAACCUUAUCCAGCGUUACGGGCACGUUACGUGCGUGAAUCUUAUCGAUAAGACCGGAAAGAGCGCGACGGUGCGCGAUCAGGCUCAGCUUGGAUCGGCGUUUAACAAAUACGCUAAGAAAUACAAUCAAUUAUCAAAGGGUGGCGAUGGAAUACAUUCUGCUGGAUCAUCGUUGGCACCGCAAAUGCCGGCGUCUACCGCGCUUCAGGCCUUGUCUCCUCGUCAACAUAAGGCUAUGACGCUCUCACUGCCCUCCACAUCAUCUUCCCAAGUUGGUACACCGAUUGCAGGAGGUUCUGCUGCGGGUUCUCCAACCAGUGCAUCCACGGCCAGCAGCAAUGACAAGACAUCUGGGUCGCUAGGCUUUUCUUCACAACCAACAUCUUCAUCGCUCAAUGUGGGUCUGCAUCCACCUUUAAAUAUUACGACGCCAUCUGUGCCUACGUCAAACUCUCAGCUUUUUGCUGAGCCUGUUGCAUAUAUUUGGUUUGAUUUUCAUCACGAAUGCCGCAAGAUGGCAUGGCAUAAUCUUACCAAACUUUUAAGUGAGGUAGAGGAACAGUUCGCGCAGUACAAAUGGUUUGAGUGUGACGGUGAAGGACGGCUUAUAUCACGUCAACGCGGCGUUUUUCGCGUCAAUUGCAUGGACAACCUGGAUCGUACAAACGUCGUAAUGAGUCUCUUUGCUCGGCGUGCAGUACUUACGGCGCUGCACCUUUACCCAAUUCAAACUGUUGGAAGCGACAAGGGAUAUGAUGUGCUAGAUUCGCCUUACAAGAAUUUCGAGGUUGUUUUCAAGAAUGCAUGGGCUGACAACGCAGACUACGUAAGCAGAAUGUACGCAGGUACAGGAGCGCUUAAGACCGACUUCACGCGCACAGGGCGACGAACAAUCGCGGGGGCCUUACAAGAUGGCGUGAACUCGGUCACUCGCUAUUAUCUUAACAACUUCUCAGAUGGAAUUCGCCAAGACUCAUUUGACCUGCUUGUGGGGAACUUUACACCAGAUAAGCGGGAUGAGUCACCUUUCACAUUUCAGCAGCAGCACAGUUUCCUGAAUAUGAUGCUAGAGGCAGCACUUGCCACACUCGCAAUCGUUUGUGUUUCGAUGAGCGUACGCUCGAAUUUGCCCGUCAGAACACGUGUGCGCGACGGUGUUAUGGCAGCGUUCGUACUUCUGACUAUCACGGGAUAUCUUAUCGUCAAAAAGGGUAUGUUUCGCUCCAUUGGUCGACGUUAUGUCUGCAAACCAGCGUUCAGCUCAAGCGGGUACAUUCGUCGAAAAACUGUUUAA